GUGAUCUGUACCUUGGUGGCUGCUUUCCUUCACUUUUUCUUCCUCUCCUCCUUCUGCUGGGUGCUGACAGAAGCUUGGCAAUCCUACAUGGCCGUGACGGGCAGGCUACGGAACCGCAUCAUCCGCAAACGUUUCCUGUGCCUCGGAUGGGGUCUCCCUGCCUUGGUGGUUGCUAUCUCUGUGGGGUUUACUAAAGCCAAGGGCUACGGCACCGGGAACUACUGCUGGCUGUCUUUGGAGGGUGGUCUACUCUAUGCCUUCGUGGGACCGGCAGCUGCUGUGGUUUUGGUAAACAUGGUUAUUGGGAUUCUGGUGUUUAACAAACUUGUAUCCAAAGAUGGAAUAACAGAUAAGAAACUGAAGGAACGGGCAGGGGCAUCCCUCUGGAGCUCCUGUGUAGUCCUGCCUCUGCUGGCCCUCACCUGGAUGUCGGCAGUGCUGGCCAUCACCGACCGCCGUUCGGCUCUCUUCCAGAUCCUCUUCGCAGUCUUUGACUCCUUGGAGGGCUUCGUCAUUGUCAUGGUUCACUGCAUUCUGAGAAGAGAGGUGCAAGAUGCUGUUAAAUGCCGAGUGGUGGAUCGUCAGGAAGAAGCCAACGGAGAUUCCGGAGGAUCGUUCCAGAACGGACACGCCCAGCUUAUGACGGAUUUUGAGAAAGACGUGGACAUGGCUUGUAGAUCAGUGCUCAACAAAGACAUCGGGACAUGCCGGACCAUGACCAUCACCGGGACGCUGAAGCGCCCGUCCCUGCAGGAUGAGGAGAAGCUGAAGCUCGACCACCCAAAGGGAUCCUCCAACUUCAACAGUCUUCCAGCCAACGUCUCCAAGUUGCAUCUCCAGAGCUCUCCCCACUACCUGGGUGCCAUCAACCUCAACGACUUCAACAACCACACCCUGACCUUGAAGAAGGACAAGAGCCAAGGAUCCUCCAACUUCAACAGUCUUCCAGCCAACGUCUCCAAGUUGCAUCUCCAGAGCUCUCCCCACUACCUGGGUGCCAUCAACCUCAACGACUUCAACAACCACACCCUGACCUUGAAGAAGGACAAGAGCCAAGCUCCCAAAUCCAUCUACAUCUGCGACGGAGAUAUCUUCAAAAAGCUGGACUCGGAGCUUUCACGCGCCCAGGAUCAAGCCAGGGACACCAGCUACGUCAUUCUGCCCACCAACACGUCCACCUUGAGGCCCAAGCCGCCACCCCCGCCGCCACCACCCCCGCCGCCACCCCCCAAGGACGACACCAAGUACAGUAUCAACAUUGACCAGAUGCCUCAGACAAGGCUCAUCCACCUCAGCAUGGCCACAGAUCCGGGCUUUGUGGUCAAGAGCCCACCAAGAGAGCCUGCAGGGAUCAGCGGCGGGGAAGGGCAGGCUUCGUCCAUGAUGCAGCAGCAACCUUUGUCUCCGCCCUUGGUCAAUAAAUCCAUGGACUUACAGUUGCCCAACAGCUUGUGUGACACGGGCAAGAGCGGCAACACCGGAAUCGUGACCAAGAACGAGGCAGUCUCCACCCUCUCCAUGAGCUCCCUCGAAAGGCGGAAAUCCCGAUAUGCAGAACUAGAUUUUGAGAAAAUCAUGCACACAAGAAAACGUCACCAAGACAUGUUCCAGGACCUGAACCGGAAGCUGCAACAUGCAGAGAAGGAAAAAGAAUCUCCACCCAUGGAGACUAAGCAAGAGAAGCAGCCGACACCAAACAAGAGACCUUGGGAAACGCUCCGGAAGGUCCACUCGCCCCCAGCUUGGGUCAAAAAGGAGAUGGAGACUGAGAUUCAGUCUCCUUUAGAACUCAAAACUGUGGAAUGGGAGAAGUCAGGCACAACAAUUCCCCUGGUGGGACAGGACAUUAUUGACCUCCAGACAGAGGUCUGA